AUGCACGGAAUCCGUCGGGAAGAUGUCUACAAGACUCCCGAUGAGGAGCGGGCUUUUGCUGAGAAGCUUGAAAAGGGCUUCAAGUUGCUGGAUUCCUUCGUCGCCAACGUUCGUGAGAGCGACUCAACCGUGACAUCGUCCAGCGGCCUUCUUGGGGAUACAGAGGAGGCCGACCGAAUGUUCUCCCUCUCCACUGCAAUCAUCGAGUUCAUGCCGGAGUUUUAUCCAUCUUGGCAUUAUCGCAAGAACUACCUUCUGCAACCGCGUUUGGGCGAGGAGCGCCUGCGCUCGCUGUUGUCUGACGAACUGUUGUUCAGCGAAUCUGUGCUGAAAACAUCGCCCAAAUGCUACGCCGUUUGGCAGCAGCGCCUAUGGGUCUUGACCCUCAUGUUCAACAUGCGCUUUGACGACGUGGGCGAUGUUUUGAGGAAAGAGCUUUCACUUUGUAUGAUGCUCUUCCGUUUGGAUGGCCGCAACUUCCACGGUUGGGGCCACGUAAACUACGUGCGCCACUACCUCAAGCUGUUGGAGAGCGAUGACUCCAGCGUCCAGCCCGUUCCCGUGGAUAAGCUGUGUUACGCCGAGUUCAGCAAGCUCAUAGAGAAGAACUUCUCAAACUAUUCCGCGUGGUUCCACCGCGGGAUGCUGUCCGAGACUUGCGGUUGCAUUUCCGACGAUUUGGAUAAUUUGACCCCCGCAAUCUACACGGACCCGAACGACCAGUGCCUGUGGCACCAUUUCGACUGGCUACUAUAUCGCCGCAACGCUCUGCGUUACUAUCUUGUGCGCUGUCACUACUUUGAAGAGUCAAAUAGUUUUGUUUUCUUCUUCAACGAAUGCGUCAGCCUAUCGACAACCGAUAGCUUCAUCACCGUCACGUCCCCAGAUGGAAAUCACUCUAAACUAGAUGGAUUCUGGUCACCUGUGAGCUCUUCGCCUCGUAAAAACAGGUUGAGCACAAUCUCUGUUCCGGAGUAUGCUUGGAGGUUCACUUUAAAGGCCCCGCUUAGCGUGAAUGAAUCUACCUGCAUCUCACCAUCGCUGAUGAUAGAGACCGACGAGCGCAUCGUCGACUCAUUUUACGCUCAUCUGCGCCACAUGCCGAAGUGCCACAGGGCAUCGGACAUCCGAGACGUGCAGAACCCACCGCCAUGUCUUUUGUGCUUACGGUACAAGCUUCAUCUAUCUGAAUCCGUGGAAUUGCCCAUAGACCUCGAUUCCUUGGAGUUCAUGCGCAGCAACAUGGUCAGCUGCCGCGGAUGGGAAGACUUGUCCGGUGUCUUACGUGCCCCGGUGUUCCUCCCUGGUUCGUCGCGCAUCGUAUCCCUGGGUAAAGACAUAACCCCUGCCAUCUUGGAGCAGCAGCUGGAAAUGAUAGACACGCUGUUGGGUAUGGGAACGGAGUCUAAGUAUCUCCACCUUGCCAGACACAAGAUACGCCGCCAUCUCGGGCAACCAAGCGACGCAGACGAGUGUUACAAGCAUGUUAUGCGCAUUGAUGGCAUCAGAGCACGUCUCCACAGUGACAUGCUGCUGCUAGACAAGGUGCAAAGCGCCCUCGACGCCAGCGCGGCAGCGGGUUCCACCUCAGCAAACCUGAGUGGCAUGGGCCUACGCCGGCUACCCUACCGCGCACUGAGCCCACAUAUGACGCUGGAAUCGUUGGAUCUGAGCAACAAUUCGCUGUGCGACGGCUCACUUCUUGACAUCGGAUUAGGUCUUCUGCUGCGACUCCACACGAUAUCGCUGUCUGGCAACGGGUUUAAGCGUUUGUCGAGCACGCUUGAAGCUUUGCGCAACCUUACGAGGCUAAAAAGGGAAAUAGACAUCAGCGACACACCGCUGGCGUCCUUCCUGUUGGAGGACUCCGACAAGCACGGCGCCACUGCCGGCGUGUCACAUAAGUGUCCCAUUUUGGAUGGCUUUGAGAUCCAUUUCGAGGAUCCAGGCUCGGCUACAAGCCACAAUGCUCAAUCCUCCGGGCGUAGCGCCGGUUCCGUCACCGCGGUUCUGAGACGCGCGUACGGGCGCCCGUAUUGA